AUUUACAGUUACGAUGGAUUUACUCGUAGUAUUGUCAGUUCUUGAAAAAUACAAGUGCUUCAAAAUAUAAUAAGCAACUGGUCGGCAGAAUAAAUCUUCACCAAGGCUGGCCUGGUAUUGAUUUGUGUUGAGGAACUAGCCGAGUCUGUGGAAGGUUGUGUCGUCUGCUGCUGCUGCUGCCACCAGUGUGAUUAGUUGAAGCAGGGGGAUGAGUAGGAGCUGACUCGCAGGCACAUGGACCUAAAUUCAUGAACUUGACAGCCCUGGUACCGGUGUUGGUGAAUCGGCACGAAUUCUUGCCUCCCUACCUGACAUUGCCAUCUUGGUUUCACUGUCUCCUUCAAUCUUGCUAAUUUCCUUCACAGGCUCAACCUAUUCUUAAAUUCUUGCAUGAGUGGCUGAAAGAGGCGUACAGUUUCAAUCAAGGAAAUCAAAAUGGAUAUUGGUUCAAGUGGUCGGCGGACGAGUGAAGACGAUAAGAAAUCACUCUCGUCAAGUUUUAGUGAUGGAACAUCCAAAUUCUUCACUACAAUGAUUGCCAAGAAGAAUGGACUUUUCAGUGAUAUGUCGUCAAAAUUUGACUCCCUGAUGAAGAGUGGGGCUAGCAGUAGUGCGAGUAGUGAGAACUCCAGUCCUGCCUCAAGCCCACCCCCUCGCACCCCACCCCCCCGACCACCACCCAUCACCAACACACAUCGGUCACUUAGUUUCAAAGGGCUGAAGGAGCGAGAGAAUGUGGCUACCAAAAUGUCUUCUGGUGAUUUCAGACGUUCGCAAAGGGCAGGAAGUUCAUCUGGUUUUUCUGAUACAAGUUCAGUUGAUGAGCAGUUUACAAUGGAUGGUAUGAAUGUAAGUUUUGAUGAACCUUUAUACAAUCAACGUGAGGUACCAGCAGGUCAGAGUUCAGACAGUGGCUCCAGGUCCAAUGAUGGGAGGCAAGAAAGGAGAGUUAUACCGGUUGCUGCACCCGAUUCAAGAGAUGAAACAGGAUAUGGGGACUCAGAGGGACCCUCAGCCUCUGUGUCUCCUCUCAACAGUCAAAACUCAGAAAUCAGAAGUGAACACCGCAAAGCUCCGAAACUUACAACAAAACGUAGAUCAAGCACGGUUGAUGAGAUGCUGUUUGAUGAUUAUGUUGAACCAGAAACUAAUGGGGACUCUGUAUUUUCUGAUCAGAUGACUGCACCUGCAGGCGAUCUAAUGUCAUUUGACCAUGAAGCUACUGAAGGUAGAGGUAAAUAUCCGAGUCAGAGUAGUGCUGAUUCAUCCGAGCCGGGAUAUGAUACUCGCAAUUAUGCUAUGACAAGCGUGGACUCUUCAGAUGCUGAAUUCGGAGGUGUGCAACUUCAUCGCUCACAAUCCAUGGGGUCAGAAAAGUCGUGGAGCUCAAAUUAUAGUGUUGACAGCCAACCAGAUGAGAUUACAUUGGAGUGUAUGGAGUUUAUGAAAAGCUUCGUGGAUAAAAUGUUUAAUAUCAAUUUGGAUAUAGCACAAACAGAAAAAGCCAAAUUUGGAGAACUUUGUCAGCAUGCACCGGGGAGACUGUGGUUUGCAAGAUAUGUCAAUUCACAGAGAGUCCACAACAAGAAGGUUGACGAGCAGAUAUUUUUCCGGAUGGUUCAGUUCUUUGCAGUGUGCCUGUUUGAGUGCAACGAAGCAGAAGACUUCUCCCCAGCAAAAACACUGAUGAACAUGUGCUUCACAUUCUUUCAUGAGACUGGACAGCAGCUGAACAAGUCGUUCCUGUACAGCUACCUGCGUGACCAGCCCAUAUGGCAGUCUCUGCGCUUCUGGAAUGCUGCAUUCUUUGAUGCUGUCCAGUGUGAGAGAUCCCGGAGACCAAUGCCAACAAUAGAGGCUCCAAAAGAUGCCAGAACUGAUGACCGGCACUUUCAAGAAAAUAUCACAUUUGGUCAACUUGGAACAUUCACCUGCAACAUGAGAGCUUUUGGACUCAGCAAAGAUUUAUGCCUGGAGUUUGUUCGGAAACAGUCUAUAAUAGCCAAUCUCCGGGAAGAGCAAGUACAGAUGCUGCGGGAUAAUGUGGAAAAAUCAAAAGAGCAUUGACAUUUGUGUGAUACGGCCUGUGUAGGAAUACCUUAGAAACUAGUGCAUAGAUUAGCAGUGAGCAGGUUGUACAGGGAUGAGAGGGCGCCACACCACCGGAGUGACCAUACUUGCAGGAGCAUGGACAUAGGCUGCACAGGGAACACUUCAAUAUUAAUUUGUCCGUGACAUCUGUUCAAACAUUUAUGUUUCUGAAAUUGCCCAGAUUUCAAAUUUGAUUAAGGUAGCUACUGAUCCUGGCUGACACUGUACAAGUCCAGUGUUAGAUUGAUGGCUGGUGACCCAACCGGGUUGAUUUGAAUGAAAACCUGUAGAUGGCUUUGGUUUGUUGAUUUGUCAAUUAUCUACAAACUGACAGGAGGAAACUUAUCAUUUUGAUUCAUGAUGAUGAUGAUGAUGAUGAUGAUGAGGAGGAGGAGGAGGAGGAGGUAUAUUUUCCUAUUUAUGUUAUGUUAACAUGCCUCAGUCUAUGUUCUCCAUGACUGAAACAAUUUAACUUGCUUUUAUUCAAAGUACGAGUUAUAGCCAUUCCCUCAGUCACAUGAACCAUCCAUGUCCCAUCUUAAACCCUGUUCAGUGUUGUUGACUGGGUGAAGCAGGAAGCAUAUGAAGAUUGCCUUCGUUUUGUCAUUUUGUAGAAAAUGGUUGAUGGUGUUUGAUGGAUGUUGGGUGUCAGGGUUGUUUGUUUUCAUUGAUAUAUGCUGACAGAAGGCAAGAGGGACACUUAAGGGGUCAUUUGUAUAGCUGAAUCAUAUAUUUAUUAGAACACCAUUUACUUCUACUGUUUACGUUUGUUGGGUGUGUACACCUUAAGGAAUGGCAGUUUCAUAUUUCACAUUUAUUUGUACAGUAUAAAUAUUUGUAGAUUUGCUUGUAACAUUGUUCCAUAUGGCAAGAGUGUCUGGUAAAAGGGAUUUAUGUUUCAGGUUUUAAAAAGAAUAUUUUGUUUAGAAUGUACUGUGUGGAUCUAACAUUCAAGCACACAUCUGCUGAAGUAGAAGUAUGUGUAUAUGAUUGUGAGUAGGGCUGGGACGGGUACACGGGUACUCGAAUCCGGGUCGGGUACAGAUGGAAUCGAGUA